AUGGCAUCUGAAGCCGAUAUCCAGGUGCGGUUGCGCCGGUUGUGGCAGAAGCAGCGGGAAAUUGUUGCGUCGGUCGAAGAACAGUUGCUCGACCUCUCGUUUCCUCCUGGAGGAACUUUUGUUGACCUGGAGAAAGCUGCCAGUCGGACGGAAUCCUACGUGAGGCUGCUCUUUGGUAGGGCUAGGGCUAUGGAUGCGGACGAUCCGGCGUCUCCGCGUAAUGGUCAGGAACCUGGCUCCGUCGAUCCCGAGACAGGGCCGCGCGCUUCUUCAGCUGAACAGCGGCCUGAUCUGGCGUCUUUGAUGCGAGUUAUCAAGGAAAUUCACGUUGUUACGAACCGGCACGCUGCUGACCUGCCUUUUGGCAAUUCAGCAAGUGCUGACGGCGGUGCCGGAGGCGAAAACCGCGAACCAUUUGACGAGCAAGAGCGUAGCUUCAGGGAUGGAGCGUCGAGACAGCUCGAGUUGCAACCGUUCACCGAAGAACAACUGGCACUUUUGCAAAAACUGAGAGGCAAUCUCCCGCCGGCGGCGACAGAUGAAUCUACCCAGCUGAGGGACAGCCGGUGA